UGGUCCGGCUAGUUGGUUCGCGAUGUCUGGUCGUGGCAAAGGCGGAAAAGGGUUGGGUAAAGGGGGUGCUAAGCGCCAUCGUAAGGUCCUGAGAGACAACAUCCAGGGCAUUACCAAGCCUGCUAUCCGUCGCCUGGCUCGACGAGGCGGGGUUAAGCGUAUUUCUGGCCUCAUCUAUGAGGAGACUCGUGGAGUCCUGAAGGUUUUUCUGGAGAAUGUCAUCCGCGAUGCCGUCACUUACACCGAGCACGCCAAGCGCAAAACGGUAACGGCUAUGGACGUGGUCUACGCGCUUAAGCGACAGGGGCGCACCCUCUAUGGUUUUGGCGUGACUAGAAACAUUUACUUAGAGCUCGUGUACUUGGUGACAGCCUUGGUGCCCUCGGACACGGCGUGCUUGGCCAGCUCUCCGGGCAGCAGCAGGCGCACGGCCGUCUGGAUCUCCCUGGAGCUCUCCUUGCGGCUGCGCUUGCGCUUCUUGCCAUCCUUCUUCUGCGCCUUGGUCACCGCCUUCUUAGAGCCCUUCUUCGGAGCAGGAGCGGAUUUGGCCGUCACUAUGUCUGGACGCGGCAAGCAAGGCGGCAAAGCGCGGGCUAAGGCCAAGACGCGCUCUUCCAGGGCCGGCCUGCAGUUCCCGGUGGGCCGGGUGCACCGUCUUUUGCGCAAGGGCAACUAUUCCGAGCGAGUCGGGGCCGGCGCGCCAGUAUACCUGGCAGCGGUGCUGGAAUACUUGACCGCCGAGAUCUUGGAGCUGGCAGGAAACGCAGCACGGGACAACAAAAAGACCCGCAUCAUCCCGCGCCAUCUGCAGCUAGCCAUCCGCAAUGACGAAGAGCUGAACAAGCUUCUGGGUCGUGUUACCAUUGCUCAGGGCGGCGUCCUGCCCAAUAUCCAGGCUGUGCUGCUGCCCAAGAAGACCGAGAGCCACCACAAGGCUAAGGGCAAGCUGACAGCGCCUAAGUCCACCGGCGCAAGAGCUGGCCACCAAGGCAGCUUGCAAAAGCGUGCUAGCCACGGGCGGCGUGAAAAGGUCCCGUCGCUAUCGCCCCUGCACCGUAGCCCUGCUCUAGAUCCGCCGGAAACUGCCUUUCUAGAGCCUGGUGCAGGACUUCAACACCGCCUUGCACUUCCAGAGUUCGGCGGUGAUGGCGCUCCAGGAGGCAUGCGAGGACACCAACCCGUGGGCCAUCCACGCCAAGCAAGUGACUGUCAUGCCCAAGGAACCAUGGCACGUACUAAGCAAACUGCUCGCAAAUCUACCGGGGGGAAGGCUCCACGGAAGCAGCUCGCCACCAAGGCGGCUCGUAAGAGCGCACCGGCCACCGGCGGUGUGAAGAAGCCCCACCGUUACCGUCCUGGCACCGUGGCCCUGCGCGAAAUCCGCCGCUACCAAAAAUCUACCGAGCUGCUGAUCCGCAAGCUUCCAUUCCAGCGUCUGGUGCGUGAGAUCGCACAGGACUUCAAGACCGACCUGCGCUUCCAGAGUUCGGCGGUGAUGGCGCUGCAGGAGGCGUGCGAGGCCUAUCUGGUGGGGCUUUUUGAGGACACCAACCUUUGCGCCAUCCACGCCAAGCUCAGUAUGUCUGGCCGAGGGAAAGGCGGAAAAGGCCUGGGCAAGGGGGGCGCUAAGCGCCACCGUAAGGUUUUGCGUGACAAUAUCCAGGGCAUUACCAAGCCUGCAAUUCGUCGUCUAGCUCGUCGUGGUGGUGUUAAGCGCAUUUCUGGCCUGAUUUAUGAAGAGACUCGGGGAGUGCUCAAAGUGUUUCUGGAGAACGUGAUUCGGGAUGCUGUCACCUACACGGAACACGCCAAACGCAAGACAGUCACGGCUAUGGACGUUGUCUACGCCCUCAAGCGCCAGGGACGCACUCUCUACGGAUUUGGUGGCUAACUUGCCCGUUGUCUUGGUUUCCUGUCCCUUAAGGCAAAUCGCUCACAAAAGGCCCUUUUCAGGGCCACCCAUUUUGUCAUAUGAAAGGCUGCCACUGAUGCGGAAAUAAGGUUUUGUUUUGUUUAAUCAAUGUUUUGUCCGGUUCCAACUGGCUCACACGGAAGCCGUUUUUACCGUAGGGCCUAGCGUACUUGCGUGUUUGUCAAGGUCUGCAGCUGUCUUAAAAUGGCGGGUCUGGCGCGCUUACAACAAAGGAAACGAGAAAAAGCUUUACCAUCUGAAGGUAUGUUGGGAAUGGCAGCUGUCUUUAACGUCGGUUUGUUUAACGGUAUUUAAAGAGCUAAUAAUGGCCUGGGGCGGAGGGUUGUCGGACAACGGUUAGGAUACACAAAAGCAAAAGUCCAUUUACUUGAAAAAAAGUGGCCACGACACGUAGGGGGAGGAAGGAAAUGUUAGGCAGCGAGCAAAGUUGUAGCUUUUAAAGGGCAGAAAUGGCGUUUUUUUCUGUUUCAGGGUACUGAUAACAAAAGCGGCUGUGAAACUUGGGUCUCUGUUUCUCAGAUAGCAGAACUUUCUUGACGGUGGAAGGCAUCUGGUACUGUCUCUUGAAGCAGGGGAAGUUCACUUCUGCUGUCCCUUCAGGCACUUUUUCAAGGCUGAGAAAACUCGGAUAAGUUAGGACACGUGUUUUAAUUAAAGGGUAACAGGGUGUUGUGAGUUAAAUCUUUUUCACUUUAUCUUUGAUCGUUAAUUUUCCUGAUAGGUUAUUA